AUGGUGAGUCGUGAUGUGCGAGUAAAUGAAGCAAACGAGUGGGACUUGAAUAAUUCGACGGAAGUUAAUAUCGAAGUUGAAGAACCAUCAGUCGUUGCACCAACAAAUACUGAAAAUAUCAGCUUUGUAGAGGGGGUGCGAGACAAGAAGUGGCAAACUGCCAUGGAUGAAGAGAUUAAAACGAUUCAUCGCAACAAUACAUGGGAGUUAACAGAUUUACUGGAAGGAAGUCAACCCAUUGGUGUGAAGCGGGUGUUCAAGAAAAAGAUGAAUGCUCAAGGGAAGAUAGAGCGUUACAAGGCGCAACUUGUUGCGAAGGGAUACAAGCAAAAGGCGGGAAUCGACUAUGACGAAGUAUUUGCUCCUGUUGCAAGAAUGGAGACAAUCCAAUUGCUCAUUUCCCAAGCGGCUCAAUUAAAUGGUAGAUUUUUCAAAUGGAUACCAAGUCGGCAUUCUUGA